UUUCCUGUGUCCUUACGUACCGGAAGAGGAAAGCGCUGUGACUAUUCGUCUGAAAACCUGCUGUGUAAUCUUACCUCUACAGUCACUAUCCGAAUUUAUUACAAAGAAAAAAGCAGUCAUGCCUGAUUAUUUAGGAACCGAGCAACGCAAAGUAAAAGAAGAGGAGAAAGAAGACAAACCAAUUCGAGCGUUGGAUGAAGGAGAUAUUGCACUCCUGAAAACCUAUGGGCAAAGCACAUAUUCCAGACAGAUUAAACAAGUGGAAGAUGAUAUUCAACAACUUCUGAAGAAAAUAAAUGAGCUCACAGGUAUUAAAGAGUCUGAUACAGGUCUGGCUCCUCCGGCAUUAUGGGAUCUGGCUGCAGACAAACAGACUCUUCAGAGUGAACAGCCACUGCAGGUGGCCAGAUGCACCAAGAUAAUCAACUCUGACUCUGAGGAUCCAAAGUACAUUAUUAAUGUAAAACAGUUUGCCAAGUUUGUGGUGGACCUGAGCGAUCAGGUCGCUCCAACUGACAUUGAGGAAGGAAUGAGGGUUGGGGUUGACAGGAAUAAGUAUCAGAUACAUAUUCCACUGCCACCCAAAAUCGAUCCUACUGUGACUAUGAUGCAGGUGGAGGAGAAGCCUGAUGUGACCUACAGUGAUGUUGGAGGCUGCAAAGAGCAGAUCGAGAAGCUGAGAGAAGUGGUUGAGACCCCUCUGCUCCAUCCUGAGCGCUUUGUGAACCUGGGUAUUGAGCCUCCAAAGGGUGUGUUGCUGUUUGGGCCACCUGGUACAGGGAAAACCCUGUGUGCCCGAGCUGUGGCUAACCGCACUGAUGCCUGCUUCAUCCGAGUCAUCGGAUCCGAGCUGGUUCAGAAGUAUGUAGGAGAGGGUGCCAGGAUGGUUCGUGAACUGUUUGAGAUGGCAAGGACCAAGAAAGCCUGUCUGAUCUUUUUUGAUGAAAUUGACGCCAUUGGAGGAGCCCGUUUUGAUGAUGGAGCUGGAGGAGAUAAUGAAGUGCAGAGAACCAUGCUGGAGCUGAUCAACCAGCUGGAUGGAUUCGAUCCCAGAGGAAACAUUAAAGUCCUGAUGGCCACCAACAGACCAGACACCCUGGAUCCUGCUCUGAUGAGACCCGGCCGUCUGGACAGAAAGAUUGAGUUCAGCCUGCCUGACUUGGAAGGACGUACUCACAUCUUCAAGAUUCAUGCGCGCUCUAUGAGUGUGGAAAGAGAUAUCCGCUUCGAGCUUCUUGCACGUCUUUGUCCUAACAGCACAGGUGCUGAGAUUCGCAGUGUGUGUACAGAGGCAGGAAUGUUUGCCAUCAGAGCUCGUAGAAAAAUUGCUACAGAGAAAGACUUUCUGGAGGCUGUGAACAAGGUCAUCAAAUCCUACGCUAAAUUCAGCGCCACCCCUCGCUACAUGACUUACAACUAAAUUUUUUCCUCUUAAAUGUGCAUUUUCCUCACUUAAAUGUUUGUUUUCUGCCCACUAAUUCAAGGAUUGUCAUGCAUCGUGUUACUUUUCUUGUGAUGGCAAAUGAUUAAAUAAAAACAUUAUCCUUACUAGUUA